CGGAUGGAGGUUUUAUUGGGCGGAGUUUAUGGAGUAAUAUUGAAAGCCGUUUAUAUAAAAGUUAUUGAGUGUGCAGGGAGGGAGAGUGAGCAGGCAGUCAGUUCAGCAGGUCCAGGAGCUCGAGGGCAGGGAGAGACACUUCCAUCUGCUCAGAAGCUCUCCAGGUCCAAAAGUGCAUUUAAGGAUGUUGAGACUGAUAGCUAGCGUGCUCUUGCUGAGCUUGGUGGCCGGGUCCAGGUGUCCUGAUCAGCAGCGCUGUGGGGAGGAGCAGACAUGUUGCCAAAUUCGUUCUGGAGAAUUCAACUGCUGUCCCUUUCAUCAGGGUGAGUGCUGUGAAGACCACUUACACUGCUGCCCUGAGGGUAUGUUGUGUGAGAUGAAGAAAUCCAGUUGCACAAAUGCUACACACUUGAUCUCAUGGGCCGAGAGAUUUCCUUCUGAACACAGCAGAAUUGUUCAAUCAUACAGAAUGAUCACCUCUUACGAUGCUAAUAACAUGUACAACACCGUCUGCCCGGAUAAUUCCUUCUGCCCGUGGGAGUUCUCCUGCCUGAAGGUUUCUGAGACGUACGGCUGCUGUCCUGAAGCACAGGGUAUCGUGUGCUCGGAUGGGAAACACUGUUGUCCGAGUGACCGAGAGUGCACCACUGACAGCACUUCCUGUGUCGAAAAGACGGUUUCUGAUGUCCUCUGUGACGACACUGCAGCUUGUCCUGAUGGAAGCACAUGCUGUAAGGAUGGACUGGGCGGAUGGGGCUGCUGCCCUCUGCCUCAGGCGGUGUGUUGUGAGGACUUUAUCUACUGCUGUCCUCAAGGUAAAAAGUGUAAUCAUGAAACUCAGUCAUGUGAUGAUCCAUCAGGUUCAGUGCCCUGGCUGAAGAAGGUGCCAAGCCGACCAAUCGAUGGACAGAAGUUUCCAGAAACCAAGCUUUCUGAUGUUCCCUGUGACGACACUGUGGGUUGUCCUGAUGGAACCACAUGCUGUAAGGACGGAAAGGGAGGAUGGGGCUGCUGCCCAUUACCGCAGGCGGUGUGUUGUGAGGACUUUACUCACUGCUGUCCUCAAGGUAAAAAGUGUAACCUCGCAGCUCAGACAUGUGAUGAUCCUUUCGGUUCAGUGCCCUGGCUGAAGAAGGUCCCAAGCCGACCAAUCGAUGGACAGAAGGUUCCAGAAUCCAAGCUUUCUGAUGUUCCCUGUGACGACACUGUGGCUUGUCCUGAUGGAACCACAUGCUGUAAGGAUGGAAAGGGAGGAUUUGGCUGCUGCCCUUUUCCUCAGGCGGUGUGUUGUGAGGACUUUAUCCACUGCUGUCCUCAAGGUAAAAAGUGUAACCUCGCAGCUCAGACAUGUGAUGAUCCUUUCGGUUCAGUACCCUGGCUGAAGAAGGUCCCAAGCCGACCAAUCGAUGGACAGAAGGUUCCAGAAUCCAAGCUUUCUGAUGUUCCCUGUGACGACACUGUGGCUUGUCCUGAUGGAACCACAUGCUGUAAGGAUGGAAAGGGAGGAUUUGGCUGCUGCCCUUUUCCUCAGGCGGUGUGUUGUGAGGACUUUAUCCACUGCUGUCCUCAAGGUAAAAAGUGUAACCUCGCAGCUCAGACAUGUGAUGAUCCUUUCGGUUCAGUGCCCUGGCUGAAGAAGGUCCCAAGCCGACCAAUCGAUGGACAGAAGGUUCCAGAAUCCAAGCUUUCUGAUGUUCCCUGUGAUGACACUGUGGCUUGUCCUGAUGGAACCACAUGCUGUAAGGAUGGAAAGGGAGGAUUUGGCUGCUGCCCUUUUCCUCAGGCGGUGUGUUGUGAGGACUUUAUCCACUGCUGUCCUCAAGGUAAAAAGUGUAACCUCGCAGCUCAGACAUGUGAUGAUCCUUUCGGUUCAGUACCCUGGCUGAAGAAGGUCCCAAGCCGAUCAAUCGAUGGACAGAAGGUUCCAGAAUCCAAGCUUUCUGAUGUUCCCUGUGACGACACUGUGGCUUGUCCUGAUGGAACCACAUGCUGUAAGGAUGGAAAGGAGGAUUUGGCUGCGCCUUUUCCUCAGGCGGUGUGUUGUGAGGACUUUAUCCACUGCUGUCCUCAAGAAAAGUGUAACCUCGCAGCUCAGACAUGUGAUGAUCCUUUCGGUUCAGUGCCCUGGCUGAAGAAGGUCCCAAGCCGACCAAUCGAUGGACAGAAGGUUCCAGAAUCAAGCUUUCUGAUGUUCCCUGUGACGACACUGUGGCUUGUCCUGAUGGAACCACAUGCUGUAAGGAUGGAAAGGAGGAUUUGGCUGCUGCCUUUUCCUCAGGCGGUGUGUUGUGAGGACUUUAUCCACUGCUGUCCUCAAGUUUCUGAUGUUCCCUGUGACGACACUGUGGCUUGUCCUGAUGGAACCACAUGCUGUAAGGAUGGAAAGGGAGGAUUUGGCUGCUGCCCUUUUCCUCAGGCGGUGUGUUGUGAGGACUUUAUCCACUGCUGUCCUCAAGGUAAAAAGUGUAACCUCGCAGCUCAGACAUGUGAUGAUCCUUUCGGUUCAGUGCCCUGGCUGAAGAAGGUCCCAAGCCGAUCAAUCGAUGGACAGAAGGUUCCAGAAUCCAAGCUUUCUGAUGUUCCCUGUGAUGACACUGUGGCUUGUCCUGAUGGAACCACAUGCUGUAAGGAUGGAAAGGGAGGAUUUGGCUGCUGCCCUUUUCCUCAGGCGGUGUGUUGUGAGGACUUUAUCCACUGCUGUCCUCAAGGUAAAAAGUGUAACCUCGCAGCUCAGACAUGUGAUGAUCCUUUCGGUUCAGUGCCCUGGCUGAAGAAGGUCCCAAGCCGACCAAUCGAUGGACAGAAGGUUCCAGAAUCCAAGCUUUCUGAUGUUCCCUGUGACGACACUGUGGCUUGUCCUGAUGGAACCACAUGCUGUAAGGAUGGAAAGGAGGAUUUGGCUGCUGCCCUUUUCCUCAGGUUUGGUAUUUUAACAUUCACUUUGGCCAUCUCCACCUCUGUUUCCAGAACAGUGCUUGACCAGGCGGUGUGUUGUGAGGACUUUAUCCACUGCUGUCCUCAAGGUAAAAAGUGUAACCUCGCAGCUCAGACAUGUGAUGAUCCUUUCGGUUCAGUGCCCUGGCUGAAGAAGGUCCCAAGCCGACCAAUCGAUGGACAGAAGGUUCCAGAAUCCAAGCUUUCUGAUGUUCCCUGUGAUGACACUGUGGCUUGUCCUGAUGGAACCACAUGCUGUAAGGAUGGAAAGGGAGGAUUUGGCUGCUGCCCUUUUCCUCAGGCGGUGUGUUGUGAGGACUUUAUCCACUGCUGUCCUCAAGGUAAAAAGUGUAACCUCGCAGCUCAGACAUGUGAUGAUCCUUUCGGUUCAGUGCCCUGGCUGAAGAAGGUCCCAAGCCGACCAAUCGAUGGACAGAAGGUUCCAGAAUCCAAGCUUUCUGAUGUUCCCUGUGAUGACACUGUGGCUUGUCCUGAUGGAACCACAUGCUGUAAGGAUGGAAAGGGAGGAUUUGGCUGCUGCCCUUUUCCUCAGGCGGUGUGUUGUGAGGACUUUACCCACUGCUGUCCUCAAGGUAAAAAGUGUAACCUCGCAGCUCAGACAUGUGAUGAUCCUUUCGGUUCAGUGCCCUGGCUGAAGAAGGUCCCAAGCCGACCAAUCGAUGGACAGAAGGUUCCAGAAUCCAAGUUUUCUGAUGUUCCCUGUGACGACACUGUGGCUUGUCCUGAUGGAACCACAUGCUGUAAGGAUGGAAAGGGAGGAUUUGGUUGCUGCCCUAUUCCUCAGGCGGUGUGUUGUGAGGACUUUACCCACUGCUGUCCUCACGGUAAAAAGUGUAACCUCGCAGCUCAGACAUGUGAUGAUCCUUUCGGUUCAGUGCCCUGGCUGAAGAAGGUCCCAAGCCGACCAAUCGAUGGACAGAAGGUUCCAGAAUCCAAGAUUUCUGAUGUUCCCUGUGACGACACUGUGGCUUGUCCUGAUGGAACCACAUGCUGUAAGGAUGGAAAGGGAGGAUUUGGCUGCUGCCCUUUUCCUCAGGCGGUGUGUUGUGAAGACUUUAUCCACUGCUGUCCUCAAGGUAAAAAGUGUAACCUCGCAGCUCAGACAUGUGAUGAUCCUUUCGGUUCAGUGCCCUGGCUGAAGAAGGUCCCAAGCCGACCAAUCGAUGGACAGAAGGUUCCAGAAUCCAAGCUUUCUGAUGUUCCCUGUGACGACACUGUGGCUUGUCCUGAUGGAACCACAUGCUGUAAGGAUGGAAAGGGAGGAUUUGGCUGCUGCCCUUUUCCUCAGGCGGUGUGUUGUGAGGACUUUAUCCACUGCUGUCCUCACGGUAAAAAGUGUAACCUCGCAGCUCAGACAUGUGAUGAUCCUUUCGGUUCAGUGCCCUGGCUGAAGAAGGUCCCAAGCCGACCAAUCGAUGGACAGAAGGUUCCACAAUCCAAGCUUUCUGAUGUUCCCUGUGACGACACUGUGGCUUGUCCUGAUGGAACCACAUGCUGUAAGGAUGGAAAGGGAGGAUUUGGCUGCUGCCCUUUUCCUCAGGCGGUGUGUUGUGAGGACUUUAUCCACUGCUGUCCUCACGGUAAAAAGUGUAACCUCGCAGCUCAGACAUGUGAUGAUCCUUUCGGUUCAGUGCCCUGGCUGAAGAAGGUCCCGAGCCGAUCAUUUGAUGGACAGAAGGUUCCAGAAUCCAAGCUUUCUGAUGUUCCCUGUGACGACACUGUGGCUUGUCCUGAUGGAACCACAUGCUGUAAGGAUGGAAAGGGAGGAUUUGGCUGCUGCCCUUUUCCUCAGGCGGUGUGUUGUGAGGACUUUACCCACUGCUGUCCUCAAGGUAAAAAGUGUAACCUCGCAGCUCAGACAUGUGAUGACCCUUACGAUUUAGUGCCCUGGCUGAAGAAGGUCGCAAGCCGACCAAUCGAUGGACUGAAGGUUCCAGAAUCCAAGCUUUCUGAUGUUUCCUGUGACGACACUGUGGCUUGUCCUGAUGGAACCACAUGCUGUAAGGACGUAAAGGGAGGAUGGGGCUGCUGCCCUUUUCCUGAGGCUACGUGCUGCGAGGACGGAGAGAACUGCUGUCCGAAAGGCUACGUCUGCCGUGAUCAGUGGUGUGAGAAAAGCUCCAGGAUAAAAUUCGACUCUGGGAAACGGGAAAUGUUGUCACCGCAGGUCCAGAAGAACAUUGACUGCGGAGAAGGGUUCAGAUGCAGAGACACAGAAACCUGCUGCAGGAUGUCAGAGAGCUCCUGGGGCUGCUGCCCGUUUCUGAAGGCUGUGUGUUGCAGUGAUAUGCAACGUUGCUGUCCCGCUGGAUAUACCUGUGACAAGUCCGGCUCCUGCACUCCAGUGAUGGGCUUCAACUGGGACAUGUUCUCCAAGAAGUAGCGAGCCACACACACACACACACACACACACAUACACACACACACACACACACACACACACACACACACACACACACACACACACACACACACACACACCAAGGUAAUCCUACUAAGUGGCAUCACACUUUAAACUAGAAUAAUGAUCACACACACGUUACACUAAUCAGGUGAUGAAUGUUGAUUUUAUUUUGAAUAAAAACAUGAAAGGAAGAUAAUCAGAAAGAGCUGAACUUCAUCCUAAAGAUCAUUCUGUUUGCACUAAUUCAUCAAUCAUCAAUCUCCGAACCCUGUACUGACCUCAUACCUUCCUACACUCCUCAGCAAAUGGCCACUUAAACCAUUUAACACGUCUUAAUGAUGAUUAGCUAGCUAGCAUCUCAACCUGCUUUGCUACAGAGAAGCUAAAAAAAAAGAUUGCAGAUAUUAUGUCCUGGUAUUGCACCAGUUCAGGAGGUUCUUAGAGUGUUGUGAGCAUGUGUAAUGGAAUAGUCAUGGUCACAAAAACAGCAGUUUGGUAUAUAAUUGCUAGCUAGUACAUAACUAGCAUGGCUAAUGUAAAGCUUUUCUCUGGAGAACUAGCAAGUAGAAUUUCAUUGCUAUUUACAGUAAUAAAGACCUGAAUGGACAUUUUUAUCAGUGAUGUGGUUUGUGGGAUAAAAGACCGCUCGCCACAUCACCGUCAACAAAUCAGUAGGCAAGUGGUUUUUUGUAACAGCCCCAGCUGUCAUAUCUCCUUUACCCCACCAGAGGGAGCCUUUGUGUUUCACGCUAACUACACCCCAGACCAUGGGCCUCCUCGCCUCGCCUACAUCAGUACCUGACUUCACUAACACCUGUAGCUGAAUAAAAUCUCACACAAAUCUCCACAAAAUCUGGUGGAACAUCUUCUCUGAAGACUGGAGAUCUUUAUAACAGGAAAUGGAGACUAAGUGUGGAAUGGGAUGUUAAAAAAAUGCUCAUACUUUAUGGUCAGGUGUCACCAGAUCUUUGGUCAUAUGGUUUCUAUCCAUCACUGUGAUCUUCUGAUUCUUUUUCCCUUUCGAUGUUUGAUGUUAAAUUAUGAUUUCCACUGAGUUUCUAUAAUAAACUUGUGCUGUAUUGAUUUGAAUAAAAGUGAUUUUCUUGAAAGAA